AUGGCGUCCCUCCGCACUGCCGAGCACACAAAGACCGACCAGGAGCUUGCCAUCUCCAUUAAGAAAGCGACCAAUGCCGACGAAAUAUCUCCCAAGCGCAAGCACGUUCGAGCAUGCAUCGUUUAUACGUGGGAUCACAGGUCAUCGCUGUCCUUUUGGUCCGGCAUCAAGGUCCAACCCAUCAUGGCCGACGAGGUUCAGACCUUCAAAGCCCUCAUUACCAUCCACAAGGUCUUGCAGGAAGGCCAUCCUAGUGCUCUCAAGGAGGCUAUGGCAAACAGAGGCUGGAUCGAUGGCCUGAAUCGCGGAAUGGCUGGUGAAGGCGUCCGCGGCUACGGUCCUCUUAUUAGAGAAUAUGUCUACUUCCUGCUCGCCAAGCUAUCCUUCCACCAGGCCCACCCUGAAUUCAACGGAACAUUCGAAUACGAGGAAUAUAUCAGCCUCAAGGCAAUCAAUGACCCCAACGAAGGCUACGAGACCAUCACAGACCUCAUGGUGUUGCAGGAUAAGAUUGAGCAGUUCCAGAAACUCAUCUUUUCUCACUUCCGCAACGUCGGUAACAAUGAAUGCCGAAUCGCCGCUCUGGUACCACUUGUUCAUGAGAGUUAUGGAAUCUACAAGUUCAUUACAAGCAUGCUUCGGGCCCUUCACACGAUCACCGGUGAUGACGACGCUCUGCAGCCCCUCCGCGAACGAUAUGAUGCGCAACACUACCGACUGGUUAAGUUCUACUACGAGUGCUCGAAUUUGCGCUACCUUACUAGCCUAAUCAAUAUUCCCAAACUUCCCCAUGAUGCACCAAACCUGCUCGCCGAAGACGAGAACGCGCCGGCUCUUCCUGCGCGCCCAAAGCAAGAAAUUGAGCGCCAACCAACGCCUGUUGCUGAACCCAAAUCGGAAGAACCCGAUGAGAUUUCAGAUUUCUGGAAAAGCGAGCUGGACCGCCAGAACAGAGAGUACGAAGAGCAGCAGCGAGUCCUGGACCAGCGACAGCAGACCCAGCUCAUGGCCCAACAGCAGGCUGCAAUGCAAGCCCAACGAGACUUUGAUGAGCAGCAAAGACGUCUUGCUGAGCAGCAGCAACGAGAGCAGGAAGCAUUGCUUGCUCAGCAGGCCCAGUGGCAGACCCAGGGCAGGCUUGCAGAGCUGGAGCGUGAGAACUUGAACGCGCGCUCGCGCUUUGAGCAGGACCAGUUGAUGUUGCAAAAGUAUGACCAACGUGUUAAGGCUCUCGAGGGUGAGCUGGCCCAGCUGCAAAACAACUACGGCCAGCAGAUCACUAGCAAAGAUGAGCAGAUUCGAGCUCUGCAGGAACAAGUCAACACGUGGAGGACAAAAUAUGAGGCUCUGGCCAAGCUGUACUCUCAGCUGCGUACCGAGCACCUCGACCUUUUGCAAAAGUUCAAGGGGGUACAGCUCAAGGCCGCCAGCGCACAAGAAGCCAUCGACCGACGCGAGAAGCUCGAGCGCGAAAUUAAGACCAAGAACCUCGAGCUUGCUGACAUGAUUCGCGAGCGUGACCGUGCCAUGCACGACAAGGACCGAGCCUCUGGCAGCAACAAGGACGAGUUGGAGAAGCUCAAGCGUGAGUUACGCAUGGCCAACGACCGCGCCGAUAACCUGGAGCGCAGCAAAGGCAACGAACUGUCAACCAUGCUGGCCAAGUACAAUCGCGAGAUGAGCGAUCUGGAAGAGGCUUUGCGCACCAAGUCUCGCGCCCUGGAUGAUGCCCAUUCCAAGCUCCAUGACGGCAGUUCCGACCUCGAGCAACUUCUGCGCGACAAGGAAGAGGAGCUCGAGGUGUACAAGGCUGGCAUGGACCAAACUCUGAUCGAGCUCAACGAUCUCAAGCAGAAUCAGGGCAGCAAUGACGAGGUUCUGGAUAGCCAGCUCGAUGCCAUCAUCAUGGCCAACCUAGACAAGAUUAACGACAUUAUCGACUCUGUUCUCCAAGCCGCCAUUGGCCGUGUCGACGAUGCUCUUUACGAACUCGACUCUACCAUGCAAGCUGGUAACCAAAAUGCAUCACCCGCCUACGUCCUGUCCCAGAUUGAAAAGGCUGCCGCUAGCGCCAUGGAGUUUGCAACCUCUUUCAACAACUUUAUUGCCGAUGGUCCCAACAGCACGCAUGCCGAGCUGAUCAAAUCAGCCAAUGUGUUUUCCGGAGCCAUGGCCGAUGUGUGCAGCAAUACCAAGGGUCUGACGAGGCUAGCAACUGACGACAAGAAGACGGACUCGAUGAUGAACGGGGCGCGUCAGUCGGCCAUGGCAUCUGUACAGUUUUUCCGCAGCCUGCAGAGCUUCCGUCUAGAGGGCAUGGACCAAGUGCAAAAGACGGACGUUGUCAUUAACAGCAGCACAGACGUGCAGAUGAACCUGCAGAAGCUGAACAAGCUAGUCGAGGGGUUCGCGCCUGGCUUCGGCAAGUUUGCCAACAAUAAGGGAGACCUGGGUGACCUCGUCGACACGGAGCUUAGCAAGGCUGCCGAUGCGAUUGCCGCAGCGGCCGCUCGGCUGGCCAAGCUAAAAAAUAAACCCCGUGAUGGAUACUCUACAUACGAGCUCAAAGUCAGCGACUCGAUCCUAGAUGCGGCUACGGCGAUUACGAAUGCAAUUGCGGAGCUCAUCAGAGCUACGACUGUCACACAGCAGGAGAUUGUGCAGGCGGGCAGGGGUUCAUCGUCACGAACGGCAUUCUACAAGAAGAAUAACAGAUGGACCGAGGGCCUCAUUUCAGCAGCCAAGGCGGUAGCUUCGUCGACCAACACGCUGAUUGAGACGGCAGACGGGGUGCUGUCGAAGCGCAACAGCCCCGAGCAGCUCAUUGUAGCCUCGAACGACGUGGCUGCCUCGACGGCACAGCUGGUAGCAGCAAGCCGUGUCAAGGCCGGGUUCAUGUCAAAGAACCAGGAUAAGCUGGAGCAGGCCAGCAAGGCGGUUGGAGCUGCAUGCCGGGCCCUGGUGCGGCAGGUGCAAAGCAUGAUCAAGGAGCGCUCGCAGGAGGAAGACCAGGUCGACUACUCCAAGCUUGGGCACCAUGAGUUCAAGGUGCAGGAGAUGGAGCAACAGGUUGAAAUUCUGCAGCUGGAGAAUGCUCUUGCUGCAGCCAGAUACAGAUUGGGUGAAAUGCGCAAAAUUUCGUACCAAGAAGAAUAA